AUGAUGAAGAACACCGAAAAGCAAGAACAGUUGGUGAAAGGCGGCCAAAUAGAAAACUCACCAAAAGUUUUGACUACUUCCAUAAAAAAUCUCAUGGACUGGGAAGAAUUCAGAGGAAAAAUGACAUUCAUUUUUGAAAUUUUUGGCAUAUUGGAGUCAGCUGUCUCCACUGGUAUAUCCAACAAUUCAAAGACCUUUAUUUUGAAAGAUGAUACUGGCAGUAUAAGGUGCACAUUUUGGGAAAUGACUUACAGGUGCAUUGGAAGCAUGGACAGAAUGAAGAGAUCAUUCAACUGUGUGACUGUUAGACCUUCAACACUAGCAGAAUUACACUCUGCCAAAAUAAGUAUUGCUUGUGCUCAACUUGUAAUGCAAGCAUAUAUUGCAACAUUUAGAGAAGAUUAA